GGUGGAGGGGAAACCGAGACUGCAGGCAGGAAGGUUGGCACGUUUACGCGAGUGAGACUGUCCUCCCGCCGUCCCAGCCACCCCCGGCUCCUGGCUGGCAGCGGAGGGGGUGACUGGCAGGUGCGCCCGGGACCCGCGCCCGCGGAGCGGCAGGGGCUGCCGGCGGGCGAGUGGCCGCGGCUCCUGCGCGUAGCCACCCUCUCUUUUAUGAGCAGCGAAGGAGCAAAGCCGCAGCGGGGGACACCUGGAGGAGCAUUUCUUCCCCGGGUUUAUGAAUGGCACUGACAUGGAGGAAAUACCGUUUCAGAAAGUCAAGACCAAGAGGAAGAAGUGCUGCCACUGCUGCUGCUCCCCGCCCGCUGCCGCGGCGUCGGGAGCGGGAGUCGGGUUAGGGGAUUCCCCUCCUUUGCUGCUGCUGGAUGCCAUCGCCUGCGAGGACGAGUUUGAUUGCAAGGAGCUGGAGGCUCUCUUUCAGAGCUACAACCUGAAGCUGGAGCAGACGUCCACCCUCAAGGCGCUGGCCGUCCUCAUCGUGCUCACCGCCAGCCUAGCCCUGGUGGAGCUGCUCUCCGGCCCCAGCCUGACCAUCUCCAAAGGUUCGCACCCGGUGCACUGCAUCAUCUUCCUCUCCCUUUUCAUCGUCACAAAUGUCAAGUACCUGCAGGUCACCCAGCUGCAGCAGAUCGUCAAGCUCACCUUGCUCUUCAGCUUCACCUUCUCCUUCCUAUGCUGCCCCUUCUCUCUCGGCGCCUAUGGCAUGGAGCCGCCCAGCACCCCCGAGGAGGGCAUGUGGCAGCUCAUGCUGGUAACCUUCGUCUCCUACUCGCUGCUUCCCGUCCGGACGCUGCUGGCCAUCGUCUUCGGGCUGGUGGUGUCCGUCUCCCACCUCAUCGUCACCGCCACUUCCGUCAGUACCAAGCGGCAGAGGCUCUGGAGGACGCUUGUGGCCAAUGCAAUCCUUUUUGUCAUUGUAAAUUUGUAUGGGGUCUUUGUGAGGAUUUUGACAGAAAGGGCUCAGAGGAAGGCAUUCCUUCAGGCCAGGAACUGCAUUGAGGACAGGCUGAGACUGGAGGAUGAAAAUGAAAAACAGGAACGUCUCUUGAUGAGCCUUUUGCCCAGGAAUGUUGCAAUGGAAAUGAAGGAAGACUUCCUGAAGCCUCCUGAAAGGAUUUUCCACAAGAUUUACAUUCAAAGGCAUGACAAUGUUAGUAUUUUAUUUGCAGACAUUGUGGGGUUCACUAGUUUGGCAUCACAGUGUACUGCCCAAGAGCUAGUGAAGCUGCUGAAUGAGCUUUUUGGAAAAUUUGAUGAAUUAGCUACAGAAAAUCAUUGCAGAAGAAUAAAAAUCCUAGGGGACUGUUACUACUGUGUAUCAGGAUUGACUCAACCCAAGACAGAUCAUGCCCAUUGCUGUGUUGAAAUGGGACUGGAUAUGAUUGACACCAUCACAUCUGUUGCAGAAGCCACAGAGGUUGAUCUCAACAUGAGAGUUGGAUUGCAUACAGGCAGGGUUCUUUGUGGGGUCCUGGGUCUCCGAAAAUGGCAAUAUGAUGUCUGGUCAAAUGAUGUGACAUUAGCUAAUGUAAUGGAAGCUGGAGGACUGCCUGGGAAAGUUCACAUUACAAAGACCACCUUAGAGUGCCUAAAUGGGGACUAUGAGGUAGAACCAGGAUAUGGUCAUGAAAGGAAUAGUUUCUUGAAGAAGCAUAAUAUUGAAACAUAUUUUAUUGUGCCAUCCCAUCGUAGGAAGAUAUUUCCUGGACUGAUUCUCUCAGACAUUAAGCCUGCCAAAAGAAUGAAGUUCAAGACAGUGUGCUAUCUGCUUGUUCAGCUCAUGCACUGUCGCAAGAUGUUCAAAGCGGAGAUCCCUUUCUCCAACGUCAUGACGUGUGAGGAUGAUGAUAAGAGGAGAGCAUUAAGGACAGCCUCUGAAAAACUCAGGAAUCGCUCGUCUUUUUCUAACAAUAUUGUAUACAACACUCCGGGAACUCGAGUGAACAGAUAUAUCAGCCGCUUGAUAGAGGCCCGGCAAACUGAGUCUGAGAUGGCUGACUUGAAUUUCAUUACCUUGAAGUAUAAGCAAAUUGAGCGUGAAAAUAAAUACCACCAGCUUCAGGAUGAGUACUUCACUAGUGCUGUAGCUCUCUCGCUAAUUCUAGCUGCCUUAUUUGGCCUUGUCUACCUUCUAAUAAUACCACAGAGUACUGUAGUUCUUGUUCUCCUGGUGUUCUGCAUAUGCUUCCUAGUGGCUUGUAUUAUGUACCUACAUGUCACACGAGUACAAUGUUUUCCAGGGUGCCUGACAAUACAAAUUCGUACCAUUUUGUGUAUUUUUAUUGUGAUCUUAAUAUACUCUGUGGCUCAAGGCUGUGUGGUUGGCUGCAUGCCUUGGGUUUGGAAUACCAAUUCCAGCAGCUCAAUAAUUAUAAUUUCUCCUGGUGGAACAAAUAAAACUAUGAAUGAACUUCCAUGUGACACAGCCCACUAUGCUUUCCUUUCCUGUGUAGUGGGGACUCUCACCUUGGCAAUAUUUCUACGUGUAUCUUCCUUGCCAAAAAUUAUUCUCCUGCUUUUUGUUACAAUUUUGUACAUAGUUAUUCUGGAACUCAGUGGUUACAGAAAAGCAGUAGGGGGCGGCUCCUUUUAUAUGCGUGGCUAUGAACCAAUACUAGCUAUUUUGCUAUUUUCUUGUGCUUUAGCACUGCAUUCAAGACAGGUGGACUUGAAACUGCGUCUGGACUACCUCUGGGCAGUGCAGGCAGAAGAAGAGAGAGAUGAUAUGGAGAGAGUCAAGCUGGAUAAUAAAAGAAUUCUUUUCAAUCUGUUGCCAGCCCACGUUGCACAGCAUUUUCUUAUGUCUAAUCCAAGAAAUAUGGACCUUUAUUACCAGUCAUAUUCACAAGUGGGAGUGAUGUUUGCUUCCAUCCCAAAUUUCAAUGAUUUCUACAUCGAAUUGGAUGGCAAUAACAUGGGAGUUGAAUGUUUACGCCUGUUAAAUGAAAUUAUUGCUGAUUUUGAUGAGCUUAUGGACAAAGAAUAUUAUAAAGAUAUUGAAAAGAUCAAGACAAUUGGAAGUACUUAUAUGGCAGCUGUGGGACUUGUACCUACUUCAGGAACUAAGGCUAAAAAAUCAAUUUAUUCCCAUUUGAGUACACUGGCGGAUUUUGCAAUAGAGAUGUUUGACGUUCUUGAUGAAAUCAACUAUCAGUCUUACAAUGAAUUUGUCCUACGAGUUGGUAUUAAUGUUGGGCCGGUAGUGGCAGGAGUCAUUGGAGCCAGAAGACCACAGUAUGAUAUCUGGGGGAACACUGUGAAUGUUGCCAGCCGGAUGGAUAGUACUGGAGUUCAGGGAAAGAUUCAGGUGACAGAAGAAGUUCAGCGGAUAUUAAAAAGAUGCAGUUAUGAAUUCGUGUGCAGGGGUAAAGUUAGUGUAAAGGGAAAAGGUGAAAUGUUAACCUAUUUCCUGGAAGGAAAGGCUGAUGUAAAUAAUUCCCAAACGCGGUCACUAAACUUAGAGCGGAAAAUGUACCCUUAUGGGAGAGCAAACAUUCAAACAAAAUUGGGCACCAGCUGUCCAUCGGUGUCCUCUGUUGCUAGCUUUACUGUAAAAUCUGGUCAUGGAGCAGGUCAGGCAUCUGCCACUCACACUAACCAAACACUGCAUUAUCUUCCUUCUGUGCCAGCUGUGAAGGAGGCAUAGAACAAAGGAGAUUUUGUUGUGCCACUUGCAGUGAACUUGGAGAGCAAUGGUUGCCUGAAGUUUUAUACUAAAAGGUCAGAGGUCAUAGGCCAUGUCAUUAACCAAGGACCACUACAACCCAACCAAAGAGAACUUGGUGACUGUGUAAUAAACUCUUGGGAUGGAACAUAUAAGGGCUAGCAAUUCUGUUAUGAAAAGUCAAAAUGGGAUUUUCUGGAAAUGAGGCAUAUUUUCUUGGCAUUUUUAAACAGUAAAUGAAAAAAAUAGAUAAAUGUGCAAGCAAUUAUUUAUGUGUGUGUGCAUAUAUAUGUUUAAUCCAUAUAUGCACACAUACAAAUAGUUCUGUGUAGAGAUUUAUAGUGAUGAACAUAAAAAUGUGUAUUUAUUUACACAUCCACCUGCAGAGACAUAGCAAAGAGAUUUCUCUUUCUGUCAUAGCCAGAAUUGUUCGGCCUGGGAUUAGCAAAGCUGCAUUUAACCAUGGAAUGUGGAACACCUGGAGACUCUCCAGAACUACAGCAAGACUUUGAGAAGCUGUGCUUCCAGUGUAUGAAUUAAUGCAAUGAGAACAGUGUUUAUUGUGCUGUCAAUGGCAGAUUAAUGAAGACUAGAUUUAGCUAAUUACAGAACCCUAAAUUUUUUUUUAAUUCUCCUUGCAUGCUCCAAAAACUUCCAAAAAUUUUCAAUCAAACCAUUACACUAAGAUAUAAAGUAGAUAAAUUACAGAGCUUAAAGUUUAGGCAAAAGAACAAUAUAUAUUCUUUUCAUUAAAAAAAAUACAAGAGUGGUACAGCAUAGAAUUUGCUGCCUCUUUGUAGGUCAUUUGACUCUGUGCAAGAGAGAGGAGCCACCCUGCAAGCACAAUAACAUGCUUCUGCAAUAUAGAAACAUUCCUGUAUGUACAGUGCUGAUUUUACUGAAGGGCAGAAGAAUGGUAUUAUUUCAGGCUUUUAGAAAUAGCACAAGUCCUGUGGCUCAAGUCCAGGAUUUACCAUUCUAAACAGCUCAAGGAACAGUCCUGUACUGGUGGCAAACAUGCUGCUGCUAGUUUUAUGACAUUUGUAUGUUUGCCAACAUAGUUUUAUGUAUUAACUGAUUUUUAAAUUUAUGCCACAGUUUUAUUAUACCUUGAUGGUAUCCAGACUUACUCUUCAAAACUGAACAAUUACAGAAAGCUGUAAUUCUGAGAAACAAGCACAGUCAAACUUUGCGAAAUGAGCAGCACUGGUAAAUGUGCCAGGAGAGCGAGGCCUACUCUUAAUCUGCAUAAAAAGGAAAAUGGCUCCUUUUUUCUCUACUGCUGCCCACAUCAUAUUGUUUAUGGUUUCAUACUGAAAUGAUGAUGAUCCAGAUGUGAAAUGUGGAGUGCAACUCCAUAGUCAAGGUGGGGGCAGUUGAAGGUCAUCCUGCUGAGAGAUACAUAUUCCACGGACAGUGCCAUAGUGUCCUGUUAACAAGCAAAACAAUCUACCCUCCACCCCGGGGGGAAAAAAAAAAAAAAAAAACAAAACCAAAAAACAAACAAUAGCUAAAAUACCCCAACAAAACCAACAAAAACAACCCACAAAACUCAAAAUCUUAUUCCAAUCAUUCCUGAAUGCAGAAGCUGUACAGAUUGAACAAUAGAAAAUUUUCAUGUACUAGGUUUCACGCUUCCCUUUGGUGGGCCUAUUUUGUUAGAGAUUUCCAUGGAAGGAAGGUUCGGAGUCUCCUCUUAUCUUACUUUGAAGCAGUAAUUUUUUGCGCUAAAAGUAUAUGACAGUAUAUGACAGCACUAUGUCAGUAGAUGCAAAUGGUUAAAGAAAUAUUGCAGGAAUUUCUGUUCUCCACUCAGGAUACUAUGGAACGCCAGUGUUUUUCAGCAAAGUUUUAAAUUAAUUUUUAUGUACCCUGACUGCUGGGUGCUUUGUUACAAAGCUGGCAAAGUUAGUCUUAUGAUUAAAGUGACUAUAAAAACCUGAGACCUGCUUCUUAAUUGUACUCUACAGUGUACUCAAUGCACCCUGAUUGAGCUGAGGAAAGUCACUGCAUUUCUUUAUCUCCCUAGGAGCUACCCAGUUCACAGAUAUUCUUCUGGAAUAAUUUAUUUUUGGUUUUGAGAUUUUCAAAUCAUUUAAAAAAUAUACAUGUAGAGAAUACAGAUUUAAAAGAACAAAUAUUUACAUAAAUAAACUGCAUAAGUGGUAUUCAUGUAAAGCGCAUGCACAGUUAUGUUCUCUAACAGAUUUAUAAGAACUAAAUAAUCACAUGGGUAAGUUAAAUAUUUACCCAAGUUGGAAAGCAUUAUGUGCAAUAGCAUUAAUCACUCAGUUCCUUUCUCAGAGACCCCAUGCUACACAGUUUUUGAAUUCAGUGAAUUUGGUAUAAUUUCACUGAUAAUAAUGAAAUAAAAGCAUCUUCUGAUCCUAGAAGUAGAUCUGGUCAAAUGUGAACACAUUGACCAAACACACCCAUUGGCCCACCCAAAAGCUUUCAGUGAAAUUACUUAUUUGUUAUUCUUUUUAUUAGGCAAGAUACAGGCAACUCACCACUAUUUCUUUGAUCUUUUACUAAGUGGACAGUGAGCACAAAUGAAUUGUCCCCUCUGCUAAUAUUUUUGUGGCUGUUCUCUUUCCCAGACCCAUUCUCAGUCUGCUAAUAUCAGUGGAAGACCAUGUAGCAAGGUACAUUUAGAUUAUUCAUGUUAACAUUUUAAAUUAUUAGCAGGUGAUAAUUAAUUAGAAUUGGUCCAAAGAUUUUCAAUGCCUCAUCCUCUUUUCCAACAGCCAAAUAAGGCAUGUGACUUUUGUAAGAAUGUUUUCCAUGUUGAAUGGAAAGGACCAGAUAAGCACAGUCCAUCAUUGGCUUCUCAUUCUGCAUUUUUGGAGGAGGUCUCUACCUCCCAGAGCAGUUGAGUGGACCAGAAUGGCUUCUUGGUACUGCAGGCAAGAUGGUGUGUAUAUCCUAGUUUACAGAAUCAAUAAGAGUAUAUUUGGAGUUGGUUUUAGACUUCAAGUCAUAGAUUUAUACAAUUCUUUGGGUUGGAAUGGACCUUAAAGAUCAUCUAGUUCCAACCCUGUUGCCAUAGGCAAGGACACCUUCCAAUAGACGAGGUUAACAUCACUCUCAUUAAAUUCAUUAUCAUUAACAUCAUUAUCCUGUCAUUAAUGUUUUUUGUAUUUUUAUUAUGUUGUCGCUGGUUUUACCACGGGGAAAAUGAUAUAUUACUUUGUAGUCCUCAACUGAGCAGUAUAAAUUUAUGAAAAAAGUUCAGCUAUAGCACAAAUUAGUCAAAUACAACGUAAAAAUGAUAGGUAGGGUUCAGCAGCCAUUUCAACAAUGAAAGCUAAGUGCCCAUUGAAAUCAUAAGAUACUGAAGCUGUGCUCUUAUCUUUAUGCUUUCCUUCCCUAUUCAUAUAGUUUUUUCCCCCAUUUUCCUGUUCUGUCUACAUUUGUUUAAUUUCAGCUCUUGUGUGACAGCUUUAAAUGACAUAUUUAAUCUCUCAGCUCUUCUGCAUUCAUUGACAUGUUUAGUAAGGUUUAUACAUGCAAAGUGGGGAAAUAUACAUGGAUGUAAUACUUCUGGAAACCUCAUAAAUGUACAUUUUCUGCCAAAUUAGAGAAGAUUGUAAGCAAAAUUUUUAUUGUCAAUUGUCCUAAGAUGGUAUGUGGCCCACUCCAAUAUCUCUGAAAACCAUCAGAAGGAUUUCCCUGGAUUUCUGUAGGAUUUGUAUUGUAUCCAUCUUAUUGCAUGCAGUUGUAUUUCCCAUCUUGCAUAUAUUAAUUUUCUGGUCAAGUGCUGUAACUUUUGCCUAGGUAACUUUGCUGUACCCCUGUCAAGGAGUCUGCCCCACAGCAACCAAAAGUCCUGAGUGUUCAUCCAAGGAUAGUAACUUGAUGAUUUGUAGGCAGAAUAGCCUCCUGUACUUCUGUUCACUGAUUUGGGCAGCUGUUAACUUGAAACAAUUAACAGAUACAAGUGCUACAAAAAGGUGAUGCCAUUUUGGCAUGUCAAUGUCUGUCAAUAGCAAGCACAAUAUUUCACAUCAGUUUGCAUGUUUUCUCUUUCAGAUAAUAGUAAUAACUGAAGUCUUUCAUUUUUUAUAAAAACAUAUAAUUGUCAGAGAUCUUGAGAUCAGAGAUCUUUAGUCUUGAGAGCUAAUUUCUACAUAUUUGUAUACUACGUUCAUCUUCAAAUGUUUUUUAAUUCAUAUUCUCUGCUGAGAUUGCAAACUGGCAUUCCAUUGGAUUACUGGUUAGAUAUUUCCAAACAUAUUCCAUUUACAUUGACUAGAAAUCUACUUUACCCAGCCUGUGAAAUGCAUAGUUUUUUGUAGCUGCUUUGCACUGUGGCUAGUGACACUCUCCUAUCUUCGCCAAACAAACACAAUUUUUUCCCUUGCUUUCCCUAGGUGAGACUGAGAGCCAAAAGGUUCAGCUUGUUAGAGCUGAAUCUGCAUCCCCUUAUGUAUCCACAAGGCCUGCAGCAAUCACCAGUUUAGUAUGCUUGUAAAAGUCAGGAGUUGAGCUUCUGUAGGCCAAGCUCUGCCUUGGGUUAUAACAAUGUCUCAUGUCAAUACUGAACUGAAUAUUUUACAACACUGUAAACAAGAGUAGGUCAUGCACUGAAAUCUCUUUCCCACUUUUGCCUGUAAUUUAUCAGGCAAAAUAAAGUAGUUGGGUGCCACUGUUUGAAUGGAAACAGUACAUGACCUGUGCCAUUUCAGUGCUUUGAAGAGUAUGAACACAUUAAUAAGUAGUGUGAAUCAUUUUCCUCUGUUGGAUUCCUGCUUGUAGCAGAAAGAAUGCAUUUUCUUUACAUCAGCAAGUCCAGAUUCUGUAUGUGUUCUGCCCAGGCAGGAGGACUAUUUAGCCAUAAUAUUCUUUCAAGUUAGAGUUUUGUAUUACAGUGAAAACCAACAUUUUUUUAAUUUGUGAUAAACCUGUAUUAUAAUGCCUUAUUUUUAAUCUUGUACAGUGUUACAAAACAACAAAAAACAUUGGCCUUUCAUGAAUUAUUCACUUUAAAAGAUGUAUUGUACUAUGAAAUUUUGUAAAUAGUUUUAGCUUGGACAGGUAGUUGCAUGUACACUUGUAUAAAAAGAAGCAAAAAGGCACACUUUUAACAAACAUUAAUGAUUUUUUUUAAGAGGCAUUUUACAUGUGCAUGGAGAUUAUAUAUCCUUUUAAAAUGGAUGUCUUUUUUGGUUUUUCUUGCAAUCUACUGCAUGCCAUUCAUGCCUGACUUCAGUCAAACAAAACAGUAAGUUUUCCUAAAUGUUUUUGACAUACCACUUUUGGCACAGUUAAAUCACUAGUUGCAUGUGCAUUCAGCAAACCAAAAUAUAAACAGCAAAUAAAGAAAAAAAAUUACUUUAUGAUUGUGAUCUGCCAACCUCGGUGUUUCAAGGUCCAUAACACAGCAUAUGAAAAGUGUUAUCACAAAGCUGUCUUCAUAAGGGACCUUCUGGUCAUUAGAAGCAAUAAACUACUUUCUGUAAUAUAAAAAGCAAACCAAUACUCUAGUUCAAAAUGGUGUAGUAUCUGACAUUCAGUGGUUAUUCUCUGAUACCGCAAUUGAUGUAGUAUUGUUAUCAAGAAGGACCAGAUGUCAAAUCCAUCUUUGCUGUGUGCAGGUGCAACACUAUGGAAGGCAAAGAAGGUGAAUUUGGCUCAUUAAUGUUACCCAGAGUAUAUUUCUAAUGCGAUAGUAAGUUAUUGUAUAUAAUUAAAAUAGGUGGUUUUCCUGGAUUCAUACAUACAUAUAUAUAUAUAUGUGUGUAUGUGUGUGUGCAUAUAUAUAUAUAUAUAUAUAUAUAAUUAAUUUUGUUGCCUUAUUUCUGUCAGAUUUUUUUUACUUAUUUUCCAAAUAGUUUAUAUUGCUAAGCAGAAAGUAUUUAACAGAACUAUCAAGAAAAAGUUCAUGGCGUUUAUCUGGCUUUGAUCCAUCUGGGUUCUCUGCUGUUUCCAUGCUUCCAGAGAUGCCUCCUUUAGGUAUCACAGCCUAACGCACAGCCUGAAGUUGAUGUCAGCUCGUGACAUUGGAAUAAGAAAUCAAUUUCCAGUCCUCUAUCUGAUUUUUCCCAUAAAGCUGAUGAAUAAAACUUAAAAUUCUGAAGAAAAACUUAAAAUUUCUGAAGGUAUUUUGCACACUUCAUUUUUAAAGUUGUCAUAUCCAUGUCACUACAACUCAGGAUUACUUCUCAAAUUACUUAUAUAAUUGCUGUAUGACAAGUAAGGAGUAUUUGAGAAGCAUAACACUGAGUCUUGUGGCAAAAAGAAAAGGGUGUGGACUGUGAAUACUUUCUGCUUUGGAUAAGGAUUUGGAUUUUACAAUUUGAGCUAGUGUUAUAAUAGAACUCAGAAAUCUGUUAAUUUGUUUAUUUAAUCAGGUGACUGUAGGGUUAACUAAGCAGUACAGCUUCUGCAAGUACUUUUGUCAUCCUACGUUAAGAGGCAGGUUUGUACAAUAUAUCCUUGUUGCCUGCAUAGAAAAAACCACUACCUUGUACUGACAAUUGUCUUCAUUAUAGCAGUUAUAGGCUUCUAAUAGUCAUAAAUUAACUCAUCUCAAAUUCAGUGGUUUUUACAUCUCAGUGUGGUGUAAUUGUUGUGAAUAAUGACAAUCUGGACACUGCUCCUGUACCUCACCCUGUUUAUGAUUGCCACUUUCCAGAACUCUGUAUAGGCAAUUUUUAGAUCAUUGUUCCCUUUAAUCCCAUCUCUCACUGAAUUCUCUGGCCAAAUCUAAAUAAUUUAAUAUAUUAAGGUAAAUAAUGGGAAGAGUACACAUAAGGGAAUGGCUGCCUGUUGCUUUUUAAUUCCUCUUCAAAAUAUCACACUGCUUGCAUGGCCUGAUGUGAUUCACAAUCUGAUCGGUGCAAGAAUAAAAAGAAGAAAAUAAGAAAAAAAAAUAGGCAAAAUUAGCAAGAGUACAAAAAAACAAAAAAAGUAGGCUGUGAGAUAGCAAUUACUGAAAGGAAAAGGUGAAAAGCGAAUACUCUUAUGAAGUCAGCAGUAAAACUCAGUGACAUGGGACGAGUCUGAAGUAUCUGAUCUAGAAGUACUUAACCAGAUUCAUAGUGCAACAAAAAUAAGGCUUGCAUUUAAUUGCUUGGUCAAAUCAGUUUCUGAGGUUUUGUGUCAGUUCACAUUUACAAAAAUAUUCAAGAUGUCUUGGUGAACCACUUCCAGGAUUUCAGAAGGAAUUAUUAGAAAUAGUUGGGGGUUGUCACCUUUAAUGUCGCUUAUUUGAUCAUUAGGAAGCACCUUGGAAUUUGAAUUAGUAUUGGUUAACAUACAUAGUGCAAGUCCUGAAAGGACUUGGUUUUGCUUGUGCCUUACUGCAUGCUGGAGGGUCUAUUUCUUUAUAUUAGGAUCCCCAUUUUAUGCCUUCUGUGGCAUCAGACAUGACACACAUGUAUAAAACUGAAGGAAAAAAAGUGCUGCAUCACUGUGAAGAUUUUUUAUUAAUUCCUUUCCUACUUUGGUUUACUACCAGUACAGUUACGUGGAUGCAAGGAGUGCUCCAUUUGUUUGUGGAGGGAGGCCAUACACAGGUAUAUGUGGGUCCAAGCUGAAGAAGAAUAGGUUUCCUAGAAAGCUCAGUACAUGUGAACUCACAUUCAGUGAGCUGAAUUCUGCAGAAAAUAUUUUUAGAUAGUUUGGGACUCCUUUUACAAAGCUGGCUGCUCUCCUCUACAGAACACCUUGUAACUGCACUGUCAGAUUUGCUAGAUGUAGUUUAGCCACAGUUCUUGCUGUGGGCUAAAGUGGGGGCUACUGUGGUCACGCACACUGUCAUGUCUUACUUUCAAGUGCUUGACUCUUCUGCUUUAAUCCUAGACCUGUCUGCUGUUGUGGCAUCAGUUAUGAAAACCUUCAGCUGGCACGUUGAAGUUACUUAGGUGAUUUCGCAUGUCUUUCGCUCCUUAGUGCAUAUGGGUGCAAAGGUUGUCUGUUUCAGAUUUCACAUGCCAUUCAAGCAAUAUAGCAAGAAUUUUCAGUGAAAUGGAAAUGAAAAUUAAUUAUCUGUGCCAUCAAAAUUACUUCAUGAUAAUUAUAUUUUUAAUUGCAUAUAGUAGAGAUCCUUCUUCACAUAGAAUUUCUGCUUUCUUUACAGUACCAUUACUAGGGCUCAAUAAGGAAAAACAAAGAGGAAAAGAGAUUGCAUAACUUGCUCCCAUUUACAAGUAUAAUUGUCUGUACAAAAUUGAACUUGGACAAAGCAAACAGAGUUUCUUUUCUGCAUUCAAACACCUGGUUAUUACAGAGAAGUAGCUUUGAAAAACAUUAGAGAAUACAGUAAGAAUGAAAGCAAUGCUUACUUGUCUAAAAACUAGAAUCCAAGAACAGCUACCUUUUCUAGUAUAAUUAACUCAAUACAGAGAAUCUUAGAACAGUGAUAUUAUUUCCUUUGAAAUUCUCACAGAGAUUAAAUUCUGACACACAUUUCACAGUUUCAAGCAGAUUCAGUCAAAUUUGACCCAUCUCUUAAAAUCCCUAUCUUUACAACUUGUGUUGCAAGUAACAUCUGUCUGAAUUGUAUCCUGCUGCUAAGUCCUUGUACUCUCUGCUGUCUGGAGGUUAACUUCUGCCCUGCUGGCAUAUGUACAUAGGUUCUGCUUGGAAAUAAGAUGCUCAGCAUUUUUCCAAUCUGUUAAUUGAAAAAAUGUAAAAAUGUUUUACAAUUUUCAGCAGCCAAAUGUAGGAAGCAAAAGACUACACAGAGCUUGUGUUCUAUAAACAAAAUUAGUCUGCCUACACAUGAUGACAGAAUCCAUUAUAGGCUUAUCCAUCAUUUUAAGCAUCCUAGAAAUAUUUAAAUGUAAUAAAUAUCAUAGCAACAAGAGGAGAUGAAGCCAGACAUACCUGCCUGACUCUUAACACCACAUAAUUCUUCUUUGCAUGUAAAGUAUGACCUACAACUCAUAAAAUAGUGCCUCUUCAGAAAUUGGUACCCCUUCUACCCUUAACUCACCCUCAGUUGUUCAAUGCCAUAUUAUUUUUGUUGAGGUGUUUGCUGCAUACUCAGGCCAGCUUUACCAUCUCCCUCUGUAGGUCCUCUGUCACAUGGUUGUCAAACUUCUUUUUCAAAAAGAAAAUAUAUUUUCAGAAAGUUGAUUUUUUAUAGAUAAUAGAUGUUUAGGGGGAAAAAAUAGGAAGCAGUACAUGUGACAACAAACCUGAAAGGGUAUAUAAACAUACCCUGUGGUGGGAGUGCAGGCACCAGCAGGUGGCAGCAAGCUGGGCAAUAAGACUUCAAUCUGCCUUCUGACUUCAAUCAGCAAGCAGAGCAGCAUCUCUGCUCAAGGGCCUGAGGAAGAGACACAGAUAAGAAAGAGUGGUGAAGCCUAAUUUAUGUUCCCUAGUAGUUUAACAAGAACAUGCAAACUCAUUUCAAGAGCAGUCAUGUUGUCUGUGUCUGGAUACCAUUCUUUACUAAAAUAUUAGAGGGAAGAGAUACAGGUUUGGAGUAUUAUAAGGCUGAUUGAAUUGGAACAUUCAAUAAGAAGACUGUGCAAGAGGAAUCUUAAUCUACUUAAUCUGCAGAUGUUUGCAGCAAAUUUGGCAUCGCUUCUGGACCAACUUGAAUAUUUGCUUAGACUUUGUGGAAAAAAGCAUUAUUUGCAUCAGGUAGACAUGGGAAAACCAAUGUAUUCUUAUCUGUAUUUAUUGUUAGAAAAGUUUUCAGUAGAACUUUUAGUCUCAUUUACAGCCCAGUAAAAUUAAUGAAAAUAUUAACCUCAACAAUUAUUGAAUUUUUAGAUUAAACUUUAUUCUAGUGUCUAUUCCUCUGCCAUGUCAGAUGGGGCGUGACCAGUGACUUCAAAAGGAUCAGGAGGAGACCUACAGUAUCACAAAAGAAACAUCUACAUAGGUAAAAUGGGUAGUCCUAAUUUUAAGGAGUGAACAAGUAAGUCAAGAUGUCAUUAUUCCAACUUCUAUAGCCCACUGAACAUAUAAAUAAUCUUUUUAUCUUUAUAGCUAUACACUAUAUAUAUAUAUAUAUGUAUAAAAAUAUUAAAAUACAAUAACUUAACACUGGGUAACUUCUAAUGAUAAAUUUUCAUUAAUAAUACGGGUCUAUUUUUAUGUAAAUAUAUUAUUGUAGAGUAUCUUCCAGUCUUUUUCAGGAUUGUUAAACUGAGAAGAGCAAUUGAAUAUUUGUCCUAUUUUUAUGUUAAAAAGUGAAUGGACUGAAAUGUUAAAUGUGAAUGUAAAUUUCUUAUUGCAACUUUUAUACUAAGUGUUUGCACUAUUAUAAUUUCUGGAAUCAAAUUAAAAAUAAAGGAAGAAAUUGCUCAAAUAAA